UAGUUUCUUUUUAAAGAUCCUAAAGCCUUGUCAUAACUUAAAAAGCUAAGCGAUUGCUAUGGCUUUAGGGUCUUCGUCUGGAGGAAUUUUCAGCCAUGAUUCAUUUAUCUUUCGAAAAAAGUAUUUAGUGAUAGGAAUUGUAGCCGCUGUGAUCCUGUGUACCGUGAUUUUUGGCGUGGGUCUCGGUAUAGGACUCAGAGACGAUGGUACACCCGAUAUCCAAUUGACUGCCGAGUAUGUUUUGUCCCGAGUACCUCUCGUUGAUGGACACAACGAUCUGGCUUAUCACUACCGUACAAGAGGGGUUUACAGGGUGAACGACGUCGACCUGCAUCAAUGGGCAAAAGUUGAAACUGAUAUAGCAAGACUUCGACAAGGAAAACUGGGAGCACAGUUCUGGUCAGCCUUUAUGGACUGCGAUGCCCAAUAUUCUGAUGCGCUGAGGAUCUCCAUGGAACAGGUGGACAUCAUCAAGAGAUUUAUUGCUCGUUAUCCAGACGUCUUUCAAUUCGUCACUACUGCCAAAGGUAUAAGAGAUGCUUUCGCUGCUGGUAAAAUUGGUAGCCUGAUUGGACUAGAGGGAGGGCACUCUAUAGACAGCAGUCUGGGCAUUCUUCGUAUGUACUACGAUCUCGGAGUACGCUACAUGACCUUGACUCACAGUUGCAAUACACCCUGGGCAGACAACUGGAUGGCAGAUGAUAACAACACAUAUGAAUUUGAUGGACUAUCCUCUUUUGGAGGGGUAGUUGUGAAAGAAAUGAAUCGCCUUGGAAUGAUGGUCGAUCUGUCUCACGUCAGCUACAAGACAAUGGAUGACGCCCUCUCAGUCACUAAGGCGCCUGUUAUAUUCAGCCACUCGGGGGCUUACGCCAAGUGUGCACACAACAGAAACGUCCGAGACGACAUACUAACUAAGUUGAAAGCCAAUGGCGGUAUUGUCAUGGUGAUGUUUUACCCAGACUAUAUCAACUGUUCUACAACGGCUUCUGCGGACGACAUUGCUGAUCACAUUGAGUAUAUCAAGAACACAAUCGGUGCAGAUCACGUGGGUAUAGGCGGUGAUUAUGAAGGAACAGACAGAGUUCCAAAAGAUUUAGAAGAUGUUUCCAAGUACCCACAUCUGUUUGAAAUACUCAUCAAACGUGGUUGGUCACUUGAAGAGCUGGAAAAAUUAGCAGGAAAUAAUUUGAUUCGAGUUUUUGAAGAAGUAGAAAAGGUUAAAGAAUACUUAGCCCAAGAAGUUCCAUUUGAGGAUCUGAUGCCAUAUAAUGAAGUCAAUCAUACAUGUCGAUCAAAUUUCUAGUAUAAGUAUUCUAGUACAAAUGUUAUUGUAAAAUUAACAAAAUAAAAUAUAUGUUUCGCCUUAUGAUUAUUGAUUCUUUAUGUAGUAUUGCAUUCACUUUGAUCAAUGAACUGUAAAAAUAAUUUUUUUUAGUAGGAAAUCUCUAUACAAUGUACCAAUUUUCGUAUAGCCUACAUAAAUGUUACAAUUUUAAAUGUUGCACCAUUAAAUUCGAUAACUUUAGUCUUAGACACUAAAUAGCGUCUAUCUGUAAACAAGUUAAUUUAUUUGCAGCUCAGGAUCAUAUGUGUUUAAUUUUUUUUUUAAUUUAAAAAAAGUUUCAUAAAAUAAAACAUUUUACUGGAAAUAA